UCCACACCACGGUGACGGUCUCUCACAGUGCCACAGUGAACAGUCCACACCACGGUGACGGUCUCUCACAGUGCCACUCUUCACUCACCUACUCACUACAUCGGUUCAACCAACAGUACCCGUGCAUGGUACAAGUGGACUAGCUGAACAGUACUAACAAGAAUUUAAAGCACAUACAAGAUGCGCAGUAAGAGAAGAACUCAAGCCACGAAUGCCCAGACAGGAAGCCGGCCGGCAUUCUUGAAGACCCGACUUUCGAAGAGGAAUGCCUCAGAGCGCCACAUAAGAGCCGCCUCGAGGACAGAAGCCCGUGAGAUAUACGAGUAUUCAAAAAAUUCCCCCUCUGGAUCGGCAAAGUGUCAGAGUAAAGGUAAGAGAAGUCCGUCUGUCGAAUCCUCCCCCCCAGAGAUGUUUCAGAUGAAGAGGAAGCUGGCAGACGGACCCUCUGACUGCGGAAGUAAUGACAGCAAAGAGAAAAAAAUUUCUCCAGCCAAGAGACUAAAGGAAAAGGCUGCUCCUUCAGGGAACGGCAGCGAACCACAGCUGAAGGGUGGACAGGCGCAGAAGAGGAGGAGGAGUUCUGCCGAGGAAAACCUCUCAUUUGCAGAGAGUCCUGUUAUAGCAAAGAGCCUGAGGUCUCGAGAAAGGGCUAGUGUGGCCAGUGAAAGCACUACACCCAGAAAAGGAGCAGAAAAUUCAGGGUCUUCAUCAAAAUCAAGUAAAUCUGGUACUAAGGAAAAUGACUCUCGGAAUAAGGAUAGUUCAGGUCCAAAAAGUAUGAAAAAGGGAACAAAGAAGAGAGCGUCUUGUGGUGGCUCUCCUCCUGAUGCAAAGGAAAGAGUCAAGAUGAGGAAAAAAGAUUCAGGGAAUGCGGAGAAAAAGGAAGGUAAAAAUACAGUGGAGAUUAAAACGGAAGAAACAAGUAAAACUGCAGCGGAUAAUUCAAUGAGUGAAGACGGCAGAAAUGUCGGGAGGAGAUUACGUAGGUCUUCAAUCAGAAAUGAAGUGAAAUUGAAAGAAGAAAUUAAAAGAAAUUUAGCAGAGGAUGAAGGGGACAAAACAAAUAAUAAUAGAGAGACAAAUGCAAUAGAGGAAGCAAACAGGGAUGUAGCAGAAGUAAGAAUAAAAGAGAAUAGAAGUAAUGAAGUGGAGAAUGGAGUAGAUAAGUCGGGUAAACUUAUAGAGAAGAAUGCCAGGAAGGCCGGGGGGGACAUAGAGGAGAAUAGGGAUGAAGGGGUGAGUGUAAAUACAGAAAAUACCAGUGAAGAAUCAGCCAAAGAUACAGUGGAGAUGGUAAAGGAAGGGGCAUUCGAAGAUGGAGAGGGAAUUGCAGGGAAAGAGCCAAGAGAAAGUAAUAAAACAGAUGGGGAUAGCGUGUGUGAAAAAAGCAAGUGCUCGGGUGAUAAAAUAUGCGCCGAUCUACGAAAGGAAACUGAAGGUGUUAGUUGUGUUCAUCAAGUUGAGGAGAAAUACCGGACAGAGAAAACAUUAGAGAGUGAAGCCAGGAUGAAUUUUGUUUAUUCUAGUGCUGAGAAAAUGUCUGUAGAAGGAGGUGAAAGUAAUUCCAGUAGAUCACAUGAAAAAUGUAAAGCAGCAGAAGGGAGAGAAAAUAAACUUAUAUCGGCAGAAAUGGAAGACCUUGCCAGCCCUGUGAGACAUGAUAGUGUGACGGAAAAUGUAAAGACUGAGAAGGGACAUGGUGAUCGUGGGAAAGAUAGCAGUUCAAAAUUCGCUGAGAACAAACCAGAAUUAAACCAACCAGGGACCCAUGGCCCCAAAAGCACUUCAUGUGAGAGAGUAGUUGUUCCUCCUGCACAGAACCAUGGUAAAAGUGCUCCAGUGGCAGGAAAGUGCAGGGAUACCUCUCCCGAAUGCAAACAAGAAGACAAGGAUGACUCUGAUAAGUUAGGCAGUGAUGCAGGGACCAGCAGCAUAUCCCAGAGAUCAGCAGCAGUGGUUCAGUCCACCUCGCAAUCAAGCGUUGUCACAAAGUGCUCACAGCUGCCCGCUCAACCCACUGCCUCAACGUCGAGCCAAAAGCGACCACCCAUAUUGGAAACACCAACACCGGCUGAGGUCAGUGCUUCUCUUUUGAUUACUGAAUAUGUCUGGCAUACCUAA